AUGAAAGAAUUACAUUUAGUAGAUUUAAGGAUCAUAUCAAGAAGAGAUGAAGGAGGAUCCUCUAGUACUCUUUCAACACAAUCAUCUUUUCCAAGAUCCCAAAGUUCAAACCAACAAGCUAUCUCACCAAAGUCGAUUCUAAUCUCCUCAGGUCCAGCUCAACAAGGACCAUUAUUUUCUCAACGGACUUCAAUGAGUUGGUCAUCAAGUCAUUCAUCCGGAUCUGAUGUUUCAUCAGUCCAAUUACCAUUCACACAUUGGUCAAAAGGUAGUUCAAGGUCAAGUAGUACAAACAGUUUAAUAAAAUCAGAUAAAGGUAAAGCAGGAGCAUGGGGAAAUAUCAUUAGAUGGCAAAUGGAAGUUGAGAAAGUGGUACAACAAAUCUCUAGAUUCUCAAUGGAUCAUUGUAAACUUGAUAUAAUAAACAAUACACUGUGUACUUCAAAUUCUAAAAAUCAUAAAGCUGAAUUACCUCUUUCUUCAUUGGAUCAAGCUUGGACUUGUUGA